CGUCAAAGCGCUGAGUGGGUUUGGAUCCCGCGGGAUUCCUCAUCCAAACCUUCAGUUAUCCCAAUUUUUCCCUCAAAUCAAGAAGGACAAAAAAAAUUCCGGAGGUUUCGGAGGGUCCCGCCAAAAAAUAAAGCCAUGAGGGGCAACACGAGAUGGGGAAAAACCACAGCGUCGCUGUGGGUCCGGACGGUCGCGGUGUGGACCGGAUUUCACCUCCUCGGCGUCGCCUCCUCGGCGUCGCCCCACCUGGGCGAGGACUUUGCGGUGGCCUUCAUGCAGAACGGCCUCCAGCAGAGCCUCAACAGCGACUUCAAGCUUCUCCUCAGCGGUUCCUCGCCCUUCACCACCGUCACCAUCACCAUGAAGAAACCGGCUCUGAGGAUGACGGUGCAGGUGAGCGCCGGUCAAACCAUCCUGGUGAAGAUCCCCCCUCAAGCGGAGCUGGUGGGCAGCCAAACCUUCGAGAAAGCCGUGGUGGUGAGGUCCAACAACGCCAUCUCGGUGGUGAUGGUCAACGAGAAACCCACCUCGGUGGACACGGCGGUGGUUUACCCCCUCCACGCUUGGGGCGACGAAUACCACGUGGUGACGCCCAACGUCGGCACCGAGCGCUACGGGGAAUUCGUGGUGGUGGCUUGGGAGGAAGCCACCGCGGUUGAGGUCCACCUCAAAGCUACGGUGAUGUUUCAAGGUCGGUCAUACCCGCGCGGGUCGGUGCUCUCCAUCAACCUGGAGCCUUUUCAAGCCCUCCAACUCCAAAGCCCUUCCGAUAUGUCCGGCACGAAGAUCGUGGCUAAGAAACCGGUGGCCGUCUUCACCGGUCACACUUGCUUGGCCAGAUUCACCCAUUGCGACCACCUGGUGGAGCAACUCCAACCCGUUUCCAGGUGGGGAACCACCUUCAUCGUCCCCCCGUUGCCUUUCGAGACGCAAUCGGACAUCGUCUACGUCUCCACCUCUCAAGCGACGCGCGUCGAGUCCCAACACGGCACCACCAAAAGCGUUCGGGACCUCCGACCGAGUCGCUCAACGCUCUACGGUCUCCAAGGCUUCAAUUCCUUGUAUAUCUCCUCCAACGUCGGCAUCCAGGUCAUCUUCUUCGCCGAUGGAGGGAGAAAGGACACCGUUACGUACGAUCCGUUUUUUAUGGCCAUUCCGGACGUUUCCGGUUACUGCACCUCCUACAACGUCUUCGCCUUAGAAGGUUACGAGAACUUCGCCAUCCUGGUGGCCAAAACCUCGGAGACCUUUGGGUUGACCCUCAACAAGACGCCGUUGAAGAACUUGGUUUGGAAGUCCAUUCCCGGUACCGAUUACUCUUGGGUUGGGCAGAAUUUAGGGACUCGAUUUGCCGUCCACGCGGUGGAACACGAGACCUCUCCCUUCGGAGUGUGGAGUUUGGGGAUCCGGGAGGAAAAAGCCUACGGAUCGACGGCCGUUUGUAACAGCGAUCCUUGCCGGAAGGUGUCGUGUCGCUCCAAGGAGACGUGUAGGAUGGAGAAAGGAGAAGCCACCUGCCGGCACGACUACAUGGGGACCUGCGUGGGGUCUCCAUCGCUGGAAUAUCACACCUUCGAUGGGGCCACCACCGACCUCCAGCGCGGCUGCACCUACACCCUGGCCAAGUACUGCGGCAACGACCCAACGCUGGUGGCUUUCACGGUGGAGGAGAAGAGCCACCGAGACCCCUCGAAGGAGUGGUUGACCAACGUCUACGUCUACGCCUCCAAUAUCUCCAUCCACAAAGGAGAAGGAGGGAUAAUCCAGGUCAACAAGAAGGUCACCACUCUCCCGGCUACUCUGGAAGAAGGGAAGAUUCAAAUCUCCCGAAACGAGGGUCGGAUCAUCUUGGAAACGGAUUUUGGGCUUCAAGUGACCUACGAUGAAGAUUGGGCCAUCAUGGUGGCCGUCCCCAGCAGCUACUUUGGAGCCACCUGUGGGAUCUGCGGGAACUUCAACGAGGACACGGAGGAUGAGAUGACACUUCCUGGUGGCACUCGAGCCGCCAGCGUGGAAGAAUGGGUCAAAAGUUGGCGAGAUCCCUCCUGUCAAGAGGAUUGUGGGGACCGGGAGGACGUGGAGAGCUGCGCUCAGCGAUGUCCCCCAAACAGCCACUUCGAAGCCUGUGGGACCUCCUGUCCUCCCACCUGCGCCGACCCCACGCCCUCACCCACCUCCUGUCCCCGGCCGUGCUCACCGCGCUGCCAAUGCGACCGGGGCUUCGUCCACCAUGACGGUAUCUGCGUUCCGGUGGAGACCUGUGGUUGCUUCCAUAACGGACGUUCCUACAAAGUCCGGGAAGAGUUUUGGGAAGACGAGAACUGCCGGAAGCGGUGUCGUUGUGAGGUUGGGGGGAAGGUGUCCUGCGAGAAGGUUGGUUGCAAAGCCCAUGAGAAGUGCGUCACGGUUGACGGUGUCCACAGCUGUCGAGUCAAUAAGUUCUUCACCUGCAUCGGGACGGGGGACCCCCAUUACACCACCUUCGAUGGUUUGAAGUAUGACUUCCAAGGGACCUGCGUCUACCAGAUGGCCGCUCUUUGCUCCCAAGACCCCAGAUUGGUCCCUUUCACCGUCAACGUGGAGAACAACCACCGCGGCAGCAAAGCCGUGUCCUUCACCAAGACCGUCACCUUGGAGGUCUACGGCGCCGUCAUCAGCAUGAGCCAAGAGAACCCGCGUAAGGUCAAGCUCAACGGCGCCUUCGUGGAACUCCCGUUCCGUCAGAAGGACCAAUUCGAGCUCUACCACAGCGGCGUCCACGGCUUCGUCCGCACCGACUUCGGCUUAAGGGUGAGCUUCGAUUGGUACAGCUACGCCCGCGUCAUCCUCCCCGAGGCCUACGCCGGCGCCGUCUGCGGCCUCUGCGGCAACGCCAACGGUGAUCCCAGCGAUGACUUCAUCGCCCGCCACGGCCAAAGGGCCAACGAUGAGGUGGAGUUGGCCCAGAGCUGGAAAGUGGCCGACGUUCCAGGUUGCUCAUCCGGUUGCGUUGGGGAUUGUCCGGUGUGCCAAGAGGAGCAGAAGAAGAUCUACCGCGGAGAGGAAUACUGUGGGAUCAUCUCCAGAGUUGGAGGACCUUUCCGGGCUUGUCACCACGUGGUUGACCCUACGCCUUUCCUUGAGGAUUGCGCCUUCGACGCCUGUCACUACAAAGGCCACCGGGACACCGUGUGUAAGGCCAUCGCCGCCUACGUCGGAGAGUGUCAGGUCCGCGGCGUCGCGGUGGAGCAGUGGAGGACGGAGACCUUCUGCAGUCCCUCCUGCCCUCUCCAUUCCCACUACGAGCUCUGCGGGAGCAGUUGUCCCACCACGUGUCGGCUCCGGGUUGUCCCCGAGGGUUGCUCCUCGUCGGGAUGCCUCGAAGGUUGUUUUUGCGACGGCGGCUUCGUCUGGAGCGGCGACGAGUGCGUGGCGGCCAGCGAGUGCGGCUGCGAACACGGCGACCGCUACUACAAGAAAGGAGAGGUCUUCUACUCUUCGUGCCACCAACGGUGCCGUUGCCGAGCUCCCGGCGCGGUGGAGUGCGAGGAGGUCUUCUGCAGCGCCCACGAGGAGUGUCGGGUGGAGGAUGGGGCGUUGGGGUGUUUCGCCACCGGUUACGGGAGGUUGGUGGUAUCCGGAGACCCUCAUUACGUCACCUUCGAUGGAAGAGCCUUCGACCUGCGAGGUUCUUGCGCCUACGUCUUGGCGCGGCUCUGCAAAGCCCAGGAGAGGUUGACCAACUUCUCGGUGGUGUUGGAGCACGAGGCGGGCGGGCGGGGCCAGGCAGCGGCGCUCGUCAAGAAGGUGGUGGUCUCCAUCCAUGGGUACACGGUCGGCAUGGAGAGAGGGCGGCACUGGGAGGUGGUGGUGGACAAGGAGCGCUACACUCUGCCUCUGGUGACCAAGGACAAGAAGCUACGGUUGGGCCAAGAAGGCCACAACAUUGUCCUCCAGACGGCCGCCGGGCUCCGCGUCCUCUACAACGUGGCCACCUACCUCCUGGUCACCAUCCCCGACGUCUACCGAGGCCGCGUCUGUGGUCUUGGUGGCAACUACAACGGUGACCCCAGCGAUGACUUCCAGUUGCCCGAUGGCUCCUUAGCGCCGAGCACCGAAGACUUUGUCACCUCUUGGAAGGUCCCCGGAGAGGACGGAGAUUGCAGCGACGGUUGCGAUGGCCAAACGUGUCCGCUUUGCCACGACGCUUCUUCCUACGGCUCUUCCUGUGGGAUCAUCCGAGACCCAACGGGACCUUUCGGGCUUUGCCACUCCCGCGUCAGCCCCGUCGAGUACUUCAACCAUUGUCUUCACGACGUCUGCGCCGCCGACGGCCACCGCCAGGUCUUGUGCCACAGCCUCCAGGCCUACGCCACCGCCUGCCAAGCAGCCAGCGCCACGCUCCGGCCGUGGAGAACGACGGAAUUCUGCCCCCUCUCCUGCCCACCCCACAGCCACUACGAGCUCUGCACCCGCACUUGUGACUUCACCUGCUCCAGCCUUUCCGUGCCGGCUCCGUGCACCUGGACCUGCUUCGAAGGUUGCCAAUGCGACGAUGGGUUCCUCUUCGAUGGAGGCGCCUGCGUGUCCCUGGAGAAGUGCGGCUGCGUGCACCAAGGCCGCUACGUCAAGGCGGGUGAGACCAUCAUCUCCACCAACUGCUCCACAAAAUGCCACUGUCACCCAUCCCGAGGACUCACCUGCCAAGACCUGAGGUGUUCCCGGGAUGAGAUCUGCGCCACACGUGAUGGGACUCAACGCUGCGUCAAGCGCGAAGGCCAAUGCCGAGUGUCCCCCGGGGCCACCUUGACCACCUUCGAUGGCCUCAGUGGGACGCUCUUGACCAGCGGCACCUUCAAAGUGACCUCUCUCUGCGACGAGCGGUCGCCCAAGUGGUUCAAAGUGGUGGUGGAGAUCAGCGAGUGCCGAGAGGACAACGUUCCCGCCGCCGCCGCCGUCUUCGUCUUCUUCCGUGAAGCUUUUAUCACCGUCAACAACAACUUGGAGGUUUGGGUCAACGGUCUCUUCACCCGCCUUCCAACUAUGGUGUCCAAAGGCGUUUCCAUCAACGCAACGACCGGGAACGUCAUCAUCUCCCAUAUUUCUUCGGGAAUGGAUGUGGUCUUCAGCCGCAGCGGUGAAAUGACGGUGACCGUAGGAGCGACUUUGGUCAACCAACUCUGCGCUCCGUGCGGUAACUUCAACGGCGACGCCAACGAUGACCUCCAGUUGCCCGACGGCCGCCCCGUGAGGAGCAUCUCCGAGGUCCUCGAUGCCUGGAAAGCCAAAGAUUUCACGGGAUGCCGUUCCUCCGACCCCGCGAGGAUGGAAGCGGAAGCUCCCGUUUACCCCAUGCAGUAGAAGACACCGCUUUGGGAGCUGAUGGACCUUACCCAGACGCCGACCGGAUCACGUAAAGACCUCCUGAUGAGCUCUCCGCAUCCACGGAAGCGCCAACCGCGUCUCUCCCAUGGAAGUUCUACCAACAAAGAAGGCAAAACCGGCACCGAGCGGUGAUGGAUCUCUCCGGGCGGCGCUCAAAUGACCUCAAUUCCCAACAGGAAAAAGGCUCAAAGGCUCCACGUUGACCUCAAGGGGAGGUUUAAAACCCCCCCUGAUUUCCUUCCAGGAGGACCCAAAGCGGAGAUGAUCCAUCCACAGCGGAACGGUUGGAAGGAGAGGGAAGAGCAACACCUCAAAUAAGAUGGAAAACGGAGAUCUCCACUCCCAAAUCCCAACAGUUUUGCCCCAAAAAUACACUCUCCCACUUCGUAUAUAUAUAUAUAACUUUUCCACCUCUUGGAUGAGUCAAUAA